AUGCCUCGCACCAUCCUUAUCACAGGCUGUUCGGACGGCGGUCUCGGAGCGGCAUUGGCGAUUCAAUUCCACAGACGCGGCGACCGAGUCUUCGCGACAGCUCGCAACCCAGCCAAGAUGGCUUCGCUGACGGCGCUCGGGAUCGAGACGCUGAAACUCGAUGUCCUCUCGGACGACUCGGUCAAAGCUUGCGUGGACGAGGUCUCGGCGCUGACCGGGGGAACGUUGAACAUGCUCAUCAACAAUGCUGGAGCAGGGUACAGCAUGCCAAUUAUCGACAUUUCCUUGGACGACAUGGAGAAGCUCUACCGACUCAACGUGUUCUCGGUCGUCCGCACCACCCAGCUCUUCUUCCCGCUGCUGCGGGCGGCGGCGCCCGACGCCACCAUCGUCAACCAGACGUCGGCCGCCACCAUCAUCACCGUGCCGUACCAAGGCGCCUACGGGUCCUCCAAGGCCGCGCUGGACAACCUCACCCAGGUCCUGAGGCUGGAGAUGAUGCCGUUCCGCGUCAAGGUCGUCGACCUGCACACCGCCGCCGUCAAGACGCACUUUUUCGCCAACGUGGCCCAACAGCCCGGCUCCACGUUGCCCCCGAACAGCCCUUACGCCGUCCUGAAGGACAAGGUCCAGGCCGUCAUGAAUGGCGACAUGGAGGGCGUCAAGCAGCAGGACCUCGACCUCUGGGCAAAGAAUGUCGUCAACGACCUCUCGAAACGUAAUCCGUCGGCCCAAAUCUGGCGAGGCGCCAGCGCCACCGUGGUCUGGCUCGCCUCUUUUCUACCCCUGGGCGCCUUGGACGGCACGCUUAAAAAGAUGACUGGCUUGGACGUCCUGGAGAAGAAGGUCCAAGAGGAAACGUCCAAGAAGUCCUGA